UCACACGCUGCGCGAGCUUCGCUGAGGCAGGGGUGGAGAGAGACAGCUGGGCUGCUCCGUGUUUGGAAAGUGGGAUCUUUGCUAGAUUUCUCUUUGUGCCUGGUUUGGUGGUAUUAGAUGAGAGCAGGGAAAAUCUGUGCCUACCUGUCCUUCAGCGCAGACCACUGACUGUCACUACUGUGCUGCAUCCAUGACUUUACAUACCUGGCUGGUGUAUGGGUUUGGAUUUAUAUUGGUUUGGACGCUCUGCUUUGCACGAGUCCAUAGUCUGCAGUGCUAUGGCUGUAACAUCAUCCAGGGCCAGAGGUACGUUGACGUGGGCUGCUCCAACCCAGAGGUCAUCACCUGCCCCCACUCUCACAAAGGCUUCAAACAUCGUUUCUGCAUCAAGACAGAGAGCACGGCCCUGGGUAUCGUCCUGACAAGUGGUUGCGCUACAUCCAGACACUGCCAGCAACAAGAACUGCCAGGGGUGCGAAUCCACUGCUGUGGCUCAGACCUAUGUAACAGCACCCCCUUCUGGCAUCCCAGCACACUCCACUAUAUCUGUGCACUGCUCACCCUCUUACUGCUAAGGAUGUGGUUGUGAUGUGAAAUAACUCUCAAGAGAAACAUAAAAUCAGUGGCCUCUUUUCGUAGCUGCUCAUGUGUAGGACUGAAUUGGGGGAUUUUUGCUCAGUAUGGCUUUAUUGGUAUGCACCUUUAAAUUGUGGUGUUCACAUUGCUUGGACUUACAGUCAGAGGGGUGGCAAAAAUAACCUUGUAAAUAAAAAAUAAUGGUGAAGCAGCUUGCAGCCAUUAGUGAAUUUAUGUCCACAUCCACUUACUGUACCUUAAAGUAUGAAAUAUUAUGGAAGUGAGUAAUGACACUUUGUAUGAGCAAAGCAGUAACACACUGACUUCAGUUGAAUUCACUUGUACAGGAAGACAGUCAUUUCCUUCCUUGGUUAAAGUGUUCACUAUCAUUUUUAAGAUAACAUUUUUGUGUGGUGUCCUCUGUGAACUCACAGGCUAUUCAUAUUGAAUUGUUUUAUAAUGUUAUUAUUAGUUGGGAACGCACAGUGCAUGUGGUUCUUCUGUCUAUGUUUGUAAAAAGAAAUAUUGUUC